UAUAAUUAUUGUAGUAUUAACCUUGUUUGUUAUUACAGGAAAUAAGUUUAGCAAUUGCCUUGACUAUACUCAAGGAGACCUCUUAAUAUUUUGCGCAUUUUGUCUUCGGUUUGAAGAAGUGUACAAAUAUCUAAUAAUUAAACAGUGCUCCCAGUGUAAAUACUUUAUUUAGAGAAGACCAGCAAUAUAAGUAUACUUCAGGCAUUCGUGUAUUAUUAGCAUUGUUUAUCGAAACUAAAACGGAUGUUCAUCAAUAUUCGAAGCACUCCCAAAUAUUUCAUCGAUAAAGUAAAAAUAUCCUAAUACAAAACAAGAAAACAAAUGAAAAGUAUGAACUAUUUGUAAGGUGAGAAUAUUUAUUAGUCCUUGUUUCAGAAAAGUUUAAGUGUUUCUGUAGGAACGAAGAGAGGGUCAUGUCGCAUUUGAUCGUCUAUUUUUCUCGGUCCAUGUUCGAAGCAGGAAUUGGAAUGUAUAUUUACUUUCGACCAAUCUUUGUAUUAUUUAGACAUGUUUUUAAGUACAACAAAUAACAUAACAAGCCUUUAUUAUAGUCUGAAUAUAUAGACUUUUGGUGCGUUGUGUAUAAUAUUGUUGUUCCAAUGUUUCUACGUAACAAUUUUUUUAUGUGGCAAAUUAUACAAUUGCUACCGGCACACUCGCUCGUUCAGACACAAGAACUGGCAUAGUAUUUUAUAUUUUCCCACUAUUAGAUUUCUAGCAAGUUUGCUGUUGCCUAACAACUCGUACUUGCGUAGGAUUCGCCUUGUAAUUUUUUAUUCAUCAUGUGUUUCCCCAAGCAGAAACAAAAGCUCGGCUUGAAGCCAGUUUGUCUUCUUAUGGAAAUGAUUCUACCACAUUCCUACAUAUAUUGACACAGAGGGUGAUGUGAAUUGUGAAGGUCGUCCUGGCUUUGCAUCAUGAGACAUCUUUACUGCAAUAUAUUGUAUACAUUUUGUAAUUGGAUCAAUAUAUAAUAUAUACUUUUACACUAAUACACUGUGUAGAAAUUCAACUGAGAUAGUAGCUGGAAUUUUUAUUGUUGUGCAUCAAACCAAAAGCCUCGUCGAUCAGUGCUUCGUAGUUUAAGUUGGAAACGUGCAAAUAAAAGAACAAAGAUGGAAGAAAGUGAGCAAGAACAUGUCUUUGACGAGAGUGGUGAAGGACGUUUCGUAGCAGGUUCUUCACGUGGAAUGUCCGACGAGGAUGCUGACGAUACAAUACUCGACAGCACUACAGAGUCGACUUCUAAAAAACGUAAAAAAGUUGGUGUUUGGAAAGCUAUGAAAAGAUUUUUCAGCAGAAAAAGUAGCAAAGGCUCAAAAUCAUUUUCAUUCGGCGACUCAUUGAGCCCUCAAGGUCAACCACAGAGAAGUAACUCAGAUCCGAACCUUGCGCACACAUCCGGGGAGAGACCAGAUGUAGCUCCAUUGGAGCAGGGUGCCCGAGUUGGUGAGGCACCAAUGGAAACAGACGCUGCGCCAAAGAAAGCUAUGAGUCACGACAGUUUGUUAUCAGAACUCCGUUCAAAGCAAAGGAUCAAUGUUGAAAUUAACGAAGAGUCAUCUAAACCUUCAGCUGUUGAUUGGCAGGCGUCUCCAAGUCCUAGUGCAAAUGAUUUACUUCCUGGUCUCAAUGUGUCUCAUGAUAAAAUAAGAGUUGCGCCACGCCACAGAAGAGCACCAACCCGCAAAGGCGCGAGUUCCGUCCGCGCUGGGGGACAGGAUAUCGUAGAUGGUGAAAUUAUGCCACGGAGUAAAUCCGUUGGUGGGCGCACCAAAUUAAUAGUUGAACAAACUGAUGAAAAUAUCAGUGGACAAGGUAAGGAGAACGUACUCGAAAAGGAAAAGGAAAGGAAAAAUCUUAAGAAAAAAGUCGGGCGACAAAGAAGUGGCCAAGAAAAAUCGGACCACGAAAAUCUAGAAAAACAAAAGAUUGAAGACGAGAGGUUGAAACAGGAAAAACUAGAGAGAGAAAGAACCGAGCAAGAGAAAAUUGAACAGGAAACAUUUGAAAAGGAAAAAUUGGAAGAUGAGAAGCGUAAAAAGGAAAAGGAAAGACUUGAACAGGAAAAACUGAAAGAACUAAAACUUGAAGAUGAGAAACGAAAACUGGAAAAGCUGGAAAAGGAAAGACUUGAGCAGGAAAAACUUGAAAAACUAAAACUUGAAGAAGAGAAACGUAGACAGGAAAACCUUGAAAAAGAACGACUUCAGCAGGAAAAACUGAGAGAACUAAAACUCGAAGAGGAAAAACGUGAAAAGGAAAAGCUGGAAAUGGAGAAACUUGAGCAGGAAAAACUGAAAGAACUAAAACUUGAAGAAGAAAAAUGUAAACAGGAAAAGCUGGAAAAAGAAAGACUUGAACAGGAAAAGCUGGAAAAAGAAAGACUUGAACAGGAAAAGCUGGAAAAAGAAAGACUUGAACAGGAAAGACUUGAAAAAUUAAAACUUGAGGAAGAGAAACGCAGACAGGAAAAGCUGGAAGAAGAAAAACUAAAAAAGAUGGAAGAGGAAAAGUCUGGCGAAGACAAAAAAAAGCAACUACAAACAACAGACUUUAGUGAUUUAGUAGAAAGUCUGAAACCAUCUAAUGGUGCUAAAGAAAUAUACACAAUAAAAAGAGCCGAAGCUGAAGAUAAAGGAACAGUUUCUGAGCCUGAAAAAUUAGGAGAAAUAAAUAAAACCUCAGAAGUUGAACCUAGCGAUGUCCGUUGGAACCAGAAUAUCGAUAGCGAAGAGCUUAAUGUUGAUGUUGAUACAAAAGAAAAUUAUUCAAUCAAACAGCUAAACACAAAACCUGUUGACGGUAUAGUAGUAAACACGGCUGAUGAUCGAAAGAUUGAUGAGAAUUCUUCACAGGACGUAAGGGAUUUUACUGUUUCUUCAUUUUUAUCAGUGGAUAACCCAACUGCAUCGUCUAACGAAGGUAUUUACGAGACAGAUAAAGUGAAGGUUGUCGAACAGUCAAAAGAAUCUCAGCCAAUGUUGAUUACUCACGAGGAAGCUCGUGCAGAAAUUGCGACUGGUAAACAACCAGAAUCAGUGCCUGCAGUUGAUAAAAAAUUAGGUGAAAUUGAUGCAGUCGUAACGUUCGAGAAGAAAGACAACCAUCCAGGGAGCCCGCCGCUGAGCCCUCCAGUGAGCCCUCCAUCUGCAAGGUCUCCUGUACGAACUAAAAGACUUGUCAUUGAAACACCUGAAAAAGUUUAUCAAAAACCUAUUAUGGCUGACAUAGCAACCAAAGAAGCAGAAAUUGUGGACGACUCUAGGGGUGUCCAGCCUGAGCUGUCACAAAGCAUGCAUAAUCGAAUAACAACGGGAAUAAAGGAAAAAAAUCAGUCACAGGAUGAUUCAAACAUUGGUGUUUCGAGGUUGACGCAGGCGUUUGAACGUUCAUCUAGGUCUCAAACCAUCUCUUACAGAACAAAACCUGACGUCCUACCGAAACCAAAGGUGGCAUCAAAACCAGACAAAUCGAAGACGCUUGACAGAAGCUAUCGUUUUCCUGUUACGGCAAAUACCACACAGAACAACGCUGCAAAACAAAAUAAUGUUGUCAUAAAUUCUGAUGAAGUACACAGUAAAAAUGAUGGUUUGUUGAGUCCAACAAAGAAAAUACCUGUACCGAAACCAAAACCAUUGCCGAAACCACAACCUAAACCAAAGGUAAACACACAAAAUGUAACGACCAAAACUGUUGAAGAAGGCAAUGAGCAAAGAAAGAAAGCUCACAGUACCCAAUCAGUAACGAAUGGCAGUGUAAAAUGUUCGGGUUCGACGGAGGGUAAACACCAUACUGGAGGUCAGUCUAAAGAUGCGGAAAGUGAUUUACCAUCAUUCUGGGCAAGAAGAAAUAUUUUUUCUCCGGAACAGAAAAGCAACUCGGCCUCCACUUCCUCACAAGAAGAGAAAUCAAAAGAAAAACACACGCCAUUCAUCCAACUGAAGACAGACACUUGUGCUGUAUGUGGUUCGAAGGUUUAUCAAAUGGAAAAGUUCAAAGUGAAAGAUAACAUCGUUCAUAGAAGUUGCAUCAAAUGUUCCGUGUGUAAACGUCUUUUGUCUGUUGGAAACUUUAUUUUUUCGCAAAAUAAGAUUUACUGUAAACCACAUGAACCAAACGUACCUAUUUCGCUAGCCACGGUCUGAACAUUACUGUUCACGGGGGGACAAUUAAGGUACGCUCAUGAAAUCUUUUGAAUAUAAUUAGUCAGUACAAUUUAAGUUAAAAGUGCAUACACGCGCGCGGUGCAUUCUAUAUAGUCAAUCACAAGCGUCCUUUUCUCAUAAUUAGCUCUUCUGAAUGCUAACCUUGUGUUUGGCAUGCAGGUUUUAGGAAAAAUGCCGGAUUUAUAGUCUUAAAAUGUACAUUGUUUUAGAAUAACCCCCUCAUGCUGUAAUAAACUGAAUAUAUUAUUAUAACAUAGUAUAAUACAACAUAGCGUUGGUUAUAUAUAGUCCAGUAUGAGGUUCACAAUGUGAUGACGGAUAUGCUGCCAUUUUUGGGGACUUUUUUGCAAAUUGUGACCGUAACCUGUUUAAUCAAAACUGGUUUAAGAAAAUUGAAAGAAAAGAAAAAUUGACACCAAAAAUAGUGGCUAUUUGUCAUCUGCAUGGUGAGAAAGGCUAAAUGUCCGUUCAGUUCUUACCCAGAUUGCUCCCAGAGAGAUAGCAUACUAAGAUCCCAGGCCUCUAAAUAUGCUUGUACUUUAUAGGUGUAACGUAUAUUUUGGCGGGCAGAAAUGCCUGUUUCAAACAUGCCACAAUUUACAACAACGAUAUCAUAAACUCAAACUGAUCAUCUAUUAAUAGUUUUCGUCAAAUGAAAAGCUUGACGUUUGAAACAGACCUGCAGCCAGAAUUAAUGUACAGGCAUUAUUAUAUAACUGCAGACCUGCAAUUUAUGCAGAAAACAUGCACUGGGGGUUUUGAGGCGACCGCAGGCCCGCUUUUGCAGCUUGCUCUCGGGCUCGUCUCAAAAAUUCCAAGGCUAAGCCCAAGCAAUGAAACCAUCUGCCCUAUACCUCGUCCAAUAAUUAUAUAGUAACGAUCGAUUGAUUUUAUAAGUAUAUACAAGUUAUAUUAUAACCUAUAUAGAUAUACUGUAUAGAAUUCUUCGGCUGUAUAGUAGCGGUUACUAUAUGUCAAUAGAGUAUAGUUAUUUAGCAUAUAUUUAGUACGCGUUUUGCAAAGGCGAUUGAACAUUCAUCUUGGUGUAUCUGACGAACACUUUUGUGGAAAUUGUAUGAUUAUAACUUAUAGCAAUAACAUAGGUUUUUGUCACAGCAUGCCAAAGUGCAUGAAUUUUUAGAAUAUUUGCAUCCACUAAAUUCAUUGUUAGA